AUGGCGGACGUGGACCCCGGCUCCGAGCCGAAUCAUCAUUCCGACUCGCCCGAUCCCGAGAAGGCCUCCGUGCAUGCCUCCGCCGAAGCUCCCUCGGUUUUGGCAGACGACAAGCCCGUCCUGACCGAACGGACAGAAUGGCAGGAGGUCAGGAAAGAGGCUGCGGACCAACAUGAAGGACAGGAUUUGCCGAAUAACGAAGAAGAGACCGAGGAAAAGCCUGAGGUUCCGCCUAAGGAUGAGGAGGAGCAACCCCCCGAGGAGCCAGAACAACGAAAGGCAGACGUACCGCCUGAGAUCCACGAGCCGGAGCCCAUGGAGGACAAUGUGCCACAGAGUCGAAUGCGAUCCGAUUCUCGAUCCACGACGGCUACCUUCGCUACGCAACGGUCCGGCACAGUCAGCUCGACUGUUUUCAUCGUGACCGCCCUCGAUACCAUUGGGGCUUCGCGGGAGGCGCGGAGGAGCAAAGAGCUAGAAAAUGCGGUGCAGGUGGCUCUUUCAAAUGUCAGGUCUACGGAUGGGCAACCGAUUGACCCCGAGCUCAUCUUUCGCCCGCUGCACUUGGCUAGCAAGACCCUCAGCGUUCCGCUCCAGGUCACCGCGUUGGACUGCAUUGGCAAAUUGAUCACAUACUCUUAUUUUGCCUUCCCAUCCGCCGAUUCCGAAAACGAGGCUACCCCCGAAAAGCCUCCCCUGAUCGAGCGUGCCAUCGAUGCUAUCUGCGACUGUUUUGAGAACGAAGCCACCCCCAACGAGAUCCAGCAGCAGAUCAUCAAAUCCCUCUUGGCAGCGGUGCUGAACGACCGAGUCGUGGUUCAUGGAGCUGGUCUCCUGAAAGCCGUUCGCCAGAUCUACAACAUCUUUAUAUACUCCAAGUCGAGCCAGAACCAGCAGAUCGCCCAAGGGUCGCUCACCCAGAUGGUGAGCACGGUGUUUGACCGAGUCCGGGUCCGGCUGGACCUGAAGGAACUCCGGACUCAUGACGUUGAAAAAACCGGAAGUGGUCUGGACGCGUCGGCCAGUGACCAGGGCGGGAUGUCGGAGGCUGCUUCUGUAUCGGUGGCCGACCAGCCCGUGACCAAAGAGCCCACCAGCGAGAAGCUCACACUACAGAGUUUCGAAUCUCCCAAGGAAGUCACGACUGUCAACGACAAUGCGCCGACCACGGUCACUCGGGCCAAAUUGACACGAUCUAACACCCGCUCAAUGUCCGGCAUCCCUGAAGAGAAGGAUGAUGAUAACUCUGCCGAGGAUGAGGUGGACGAGGUCUACGUCAAAGACUCUUUCUUGGUCUUCCGAGCUCUCUGCAAGCUGAGCCACAAGGUUCUUGGUCAUGACCAACAGCAGGACAUCAAGUCUCAGAAUAUGCGGUCCAAGAUUCUGUCGCUGCACCUCAUUCACUAUCUCAUCAACAACCACAUCAACACCUUUACCUCUCCGCUUGCAGCGAUCAAGAACAGCUCCACCAGUACAGAGGCGAUGACGCUUCUUCAGGCUGUGCGACCUCAUCUCUGUCUGAGUUUGAGUCGCAAUGGCUCGAGCGCGGUGCCUCAUGUAUUCAAGGUCUGCUGUGAGAUUUUCUGGCUGAUGCUCAAGGACAUGCGGGUCAUGAUGAAGAAGGAGCUGGAGGUCUUUCUCAAGGAGAUCUACUUGGCGAUUCUCGAAAAGCGAGCUGCCCCCUCCUUCCAGAAGCGGUACUUCAUGGAGGUCCUGGAGAGGUUGGGUAGCGACCCGCGUGCACUGGUCGAGAUUUAUCUCAACUACGAUUGUGAUCGGACUGCCUUGGAGAACAUCUUCCAAAACAUCAUUGAACAACUCUCACGCUACGCAAGUGUGCCGGUUGUCACUACAUCUUCCCAGCAACACCACUUUCUGGAGCACCACACCAAGAUGUCUAGCGUUGGGGCUGAAUGGCAUCAGCGUGGGACACUGCCUCCCUCGCUCACAACCGCCAACAUCACACCUCCUCCGCAACCGGCUGCACCAAGUAUUCCGCCCGAUUAUAUCCUGAAGCAGCAGGCUCUGGAAUCUCUUGUGGAGAUUUUGCGGUCCUUGGACAAUUGGGGUUCACAGCGUCUGGAUGACCACCCAGUCCAGACUGCCGAUCCGUCCAAGUCGAUGGAUAACUCCCGCGAGUCUCUAGACACCAGUAUCGUUGCCUCGCCGCGCCCCGAAGCCCUUGACACGGGCCGGUCUACCCCUCUACCUGACGAUGACCCGAACCAGAUGGAAAAGGUCAAGCAGCGAAAAAUUGCUCUGAUGAACGCCAUUCAGCAGUUCAACUUCAAGCCCAAGCGUGGUAUCAAGCUUUUCCUCCAGGAGGGAUUUAUCCGAUCGGAUGCCCCAGAUGACAUUGCCGCCUUUUUGCUGCGCAAUGAUCGCCUGGACAAAGCCAUGCUGGGUGAAUACUUGGGUGAGGGUGAGCCCGAGAACAUUGCCAUCAUGCACUCAUUUGUGGACGCAAUGGAGUUCACCAAGCGACGCUUUGUUGAAUCCCUCCGCUCAUUCUUGCAGCAUUUCCGUCUGCCCGGAGAAGCCCAAAAGAUUGAUCGAUUCAUGCUCAAGUUUGCGGAGCGAUACACAACUCAGAACCCCAAUGCUUUCGCCAACGCAGACACCGCCUAUGUGCUUGCGUAUUCAGUGAUCAUGCUGAAUACUGAUCAGCACAGUGCCAAAAUCAAGGGCCCUCGCAUGACCAAGGAAGAUUUCAUUAAGAACAACCGCGGUAUCAACGACAACCAGGACCUGCCUUCUGAGUACCUUGUGUCCAUUUUUGAUGAAAUCGCAAACAACGAGAUUGUCUUGGACACGGAACGGGAACAUGCCGCGAAUAUUGGCAUCCAGCCCUCUACCCCAGCCGGGCUGGCGACUCGCGCUGGCCAGGUGUUUGCGACCGUUGGCCGCGACAUCCAGGGGGAGAAAUACGCCCAGGCGUCUGAGGAAAUGGCCAACAAGACGGAGCAGCUAUAUCGCUCUCUCAUCCGGGCUCAGCGCAAGACGGCGGUUCGCGAUGCUCUUUCGCGCUUCAUUCCUGCCACCUCCGUUCGACACGUUGGAUCGAUGUUCAAUGUUAGUUGGAUGUCCUUCUUGUCUGGAUUGUCCGCCCCCAUGCAAGACACCCAGAACAUCGAGACCAUUCGACUUUGCAUGGAGGGUCUGAAGCUGUCGAUUCGCAUAAGCUGUGCAUUCGACUUGGAGACUCCCCGGGUCGCAUUUGUCACAGCUCUUGCAAAGUUCACCAACCUUGGAAACGUAAGGGAAAUGCAGGCCAAGAACUUUGAGGCUCUGAAGUCGCUGCUCGAUGUUGCUCUCACCGAGGGUAACCAUCUUCGCAGCUCAUGGCGCGAGAUUUUGACUUGUGUCAGCCAGCUUGACCGGUUGCAGUUGUUGAGCGACGGUGUUGAUGAGGGCUCGUUGCCCGAUGUCUCGCGUGCUCCGUCAACAAUUGAUUCUCCUCGAAAGUCCAUGCAGAGCACGCGACGAGCACGCCCGCGCUCGGUGAACGGUCCAACGGCUUUCCGUGCAGAGGUUGCCAUGGAGAGUCGAUCUGCUGAUAUGGUUCGUGGCGUAGAUCGAAUCUUCACCAACACCGCCAAUCUGUCGCACGAAGCCAUCAUCGACUUUGUACGGGCACUGAGCGAGGUGAGCUGGCAGGAGAUCCAGUCUUCUGGGCACAGUGAGUCUCCGCGAACAUACAGUUUGCAGAAGCUGGUCGAGAUCAGUUACUACAACAUGACUCGUGUCCGUAUCGAGUGGUCGAAGAUCUGGGAGGUCUUAGGCCAGCACUUCAACCAAGUUGGCUGCCACUCCAACACUACGGUGGUCUUCUUUGCCUUGGAUUCGCUCCGACAGCUGUCGAUGCGGUUCAUGGAGAUUGGCGAGUUGCCCGGCUUCAAGUUCCAGAAGGACUUCCUGAAGCCCUUCGAGCACGUCAUGGCGAACAGCACUACUGCUGCCGUCAAGGAUAUGAUUCUUCGCUGUCUGAUCCAGAUGGUCCAGGCCCGGGGUGAUAACAUUCGGUCUGGAUGGAAGACCAUGUUCGGCGUCUUCACGGUGGCAGCUCGGGAGCCCUAUGAGGGCAUUGUGAACAUGGCGUUUGACCAUGUCACCCAAAUCUACAACGAGCGAUUCGGCGUCGUUAUCACCCAGGGUGCAUUUGCGGAUCUCAUUGUCUGCCUGACUGAAUUCUCCAAGAACUCCAAGUUCCAGAAGAAGUCGUUGCAGGCUAUUGAGCUUCUCAAGUCGACCGUCACCAAGAUGCUGCGUACUCCGGAGUGCCCGCUCUCUCGCCGCGGCGAUUCUGCUCCCAAGCUUCCUGAAGAGGGAACCAAUCUAGCGAAGCAACUCACUCGCCAAUCCAAGGAAGAGCAAUUCUGGUAUCCGAUUCUCAUCGCUUUCCAGGACGUGUUGAUGACUGGUGAUGAUUUGGAAGUCCGAUCUCGGGCACUCACAUACCUCUUUGAUACCCUGAUCCGCCACGGCGGUGAUUUCCCGCGGGACUUCUGGGAUGUACUCUGGCGGCAACUGCUCUGCCCGAUCUUUGUGGUUUUGCAAUCCAAGUCCGAAAUGUCCAAGGUCCCCAACCAUGAGGAUCUUUCGGUCUGGCUGUCGACCACCAUGAUUCAGGCUCUGCGUAACAUGAUCACCCUCUUUACUCACUAUUUCGAUUCGUUGGAGUACAUGCUGGGCCGCUUCUUGGAACUGCUCACUCUUUGCAUCUGCCAGGAGAACGACACAAUCGCACGAAUCGGUAGCAACUGCCUGCAGCAGCUGAUCUUGCAGAAUGUCUCCAAGUUCCGUGACGAGCACUGGACUCAGAUUGUUGGGGCCUUUGUGGAGCUCUUCAACAAGACCACGGCGUAUGAACUGUUCACGGCAGCAGCCUCGGUGUCGAAGUUGACUGACGCUGCGGCCACCAAUGGUGAUAUCGCCCAAGUUUCCGAAACUGGCACCGAAGUUUCGACCGAGUUGCCCGAUGCCCUGCAGCCGAACGGAUCACAGAGCACCACCACGCUCACGGACGGGGGUGACCCGCCAGCGCAGAGCGAGGCUCGUGCCGAACUCGAGGACUACCGGCCCCAUGCCGAUCCGCAACAACAGCCGGCUGCGGUCACCGUGGCACGGCGUCGCUUCUUCAACCGCAUCAUCACCAACUGCGUCCUGCAACUUCUGAUGAUCGAGACUGUCCAUGAACUGUUUUCGAAUGACAAUGUCUACGCGCAGAUUCCUAGCCACGAGCUCCUGCGGUUGAUGGGUCUUUUGAAGAAGAGCUACCAGUUUGCCAAGAAGUUCAACGAGGACAAGGACCUGCGCAUGCAGCUGUGGCGUCAGGGCUUCAUGAAGCAGCCUCCCAACCUGCUCAAGCAGGAGAGCGGCAGUGCUGCCACCUACGUCCACAUCCUCUUCCGCAUGUAUCACGAUGAACGGGAGGAGCGACAGAGCAGCCGUGCCGAAACCGAGGCGGCUCUCAUUCCUCUCUGUGCGGAUAUCAUUACCAGCUUUGUCCGUCUCGAUGAGGAGACCCAGAACCGUAACAUCGUGGCCUGGCGGCCGGUGGUUGUGGAUGUCAUCGACGGCUACAACAACUUCCCCCAGGAGGGCUUUGACAAACACGUUGAGACCUUCUACCCGUUGGGAGUGGAGCUUCUUGGCCGCGAUCUCAACCCGGAGAUCCGCGUCGCACUGCAGUCGCUGCUGCGCCGGAUCGGCGAAGUCCGCCUGGGCGUGGCGCCGCCCAACCCGCUGGACGCUCCGAUCAGUCCGCGGAGCUCCGUCUCGCAAAAGGGCUCGCGCCGCGCCAGCCAGCUUUCAUCUUGA